AUGCGCAGCAAAGUACCAGUAGGCAAGUCCUCACCUCGUCCUCACGUGCAGGUUAAUAACUACGGGCGAAUUAACUCGCCCGGCGAUGACAUCCGUGUAGCCAUGGCGAAGAACGCGAGCAAGGCGGCAAGUUCUACCGCCGCCUCCGGUGCGAGCUGUGACGGGGACGACGGAGACGAAGCGAACGGCGACGACGCCGAGGAGGAUUGGCCGGAGAACGGCGACGACGAUUGGCAGCAAAGACACUACGAAGAAGCGCCGCAGUUGGACCGAAUCGUGGUCCAAGCACAGGACAACGGGUGGAUGGACGAGACCGCUGUGCAGACCUGGCUGUCCAAGGAGGUGCUGCCCCAUCUGAACCCCCAGCGCGGCCAGAACGCAAGGCGGGCGAUGCUGGUGUUGGACUCCUACCGCGGUCACAUCACCCAGACCAUGCUUCAGUCGUACCGCACGCACAGCAUCACCCCUGCAGUCAUCCCAGCGGGUUGUACGAGCCAGAUUCAACCCCUGGACGUCUCCAUCAACCGGUGCUUCAAGGCUGCUGUGCGAGCGCGCUACGCCAGGUGGUUCAUGCGUGAAGGGAUUCACCUGAAGACGAAGAAGGGUGAGUUGAGGCCUCCGCACCCCGUGGUGCUGCAGUGGAUCGCGGAGGCUUGGGAUCAAGUCCCCAAGCAGAUCAUCAUCGACGCGUUCCGCCACUGUGGGAUCUCGAGCAAGCUGGACGGAACAGAGAACCACCUGGUGAUGUCUCACCUGCGCGCCAGGAGCACCACCGAUGUCUCCGCGGACAUGUCUCUCGGGGGGACCACAGGCGACAACACGCGCCUGCUCGGUCGGGCUCCAGAGGAGGAGGAGGAGGAGGCGAUGCAGGCGGAGGGCGUGCGGGAGGUGGCCGUGGCAACCGGCUUGGAGGUGCUGUACCAGGAGACCCCCAACUACCGCGGAGCGGCGGCCGAGGCUGACCGCAUGAUCGAGCCUAGGGAGACGGCUAGGCAUGCUUGGCGAGUGCCAGACCUGGGUGUAGAGCCUGAUGUUAGUGCAGGUGAGGAGGCGGUGACUGAGGGGGGUUAG